CAGCUGUCGCAGCAAAAUGAAGUCGCUUUUGUUACCCAUCAUCGUUAUUUUCCUUUUGGCCGGCCAUUAUUUAGCUGAGGUUUCUUCGCAAGUCAUCCUCGAAGUACCUGGUUAUGGCGUUCUUAACGGGACCAACGAAAACUCGACUUACACUGAACGUCCGUUCUACGCGUUUCGCGGUGUUUUUUACGCAGAAAAACCCACGCCUGAGAAUCGAUUUUUGCCACCGCUUCCGAAAAUCCCCUACUCGAUGGAUGAAAUCCAGCAGACUACCAAUAAUAAUGCUGGUUGCCCUCAGCUUAAUUCAACCAACGAGGAUUGUCUUUCUCUGAAUAUCUUCACGCCACAAUUGCCAUUUGAAUCCGACAAGCUUCUUCCUGUCAUGGUUUGGGUCCAUGGAGGAGGUUUUUCUCUUGGCCAUGCCCUCGAAUAUCUACCCAACAGAUUUAUGGAACACGACAUCGUUCUAGUUCCGAUUCAGUACCGCCUCGGUCCACUUGGUUUCCUCUCAUUCGACACGGAUGAUGUUCCUGGCAAUGCCGGCAUUUUCGACCAAAUCGAAGCUUUACGUUGGGUCAACAAACACAUCCAAUACUUUGGAGGAGAUCCCAGUCAAAUCACCAUCGCAGGAGAAAGUGCUGGAAGCGCUAGUAUUACGCUUCUUCUGUUGGCACCACAAGCAAGAGGACUCUUCCAACGGGCCAUCGCCGAAAGCGGAUCUGUUUUGGCUGAAUGGGCCCUUGAUGGCGACGGAAGAGGCAAAGCAGCUUCCCUUCAAAUCUCUGAAAUGGCAGGAUGUCCAGUGGAACCUUACCAAGAUUUACUCACUUGCGUGCGCAAUAUCGAUCCCGCAGAACUGAACGAAGCAUACCGAGACUACUCAACGGCGGAAAUGUCGAAAGGUGGCCUGGGCUUCAGCGGUUCCAAUCCCAUCAUUCAAGUUGCUGGAGCACAACGGAUUAUCGAGUCCGACCCUUUUGAGUUAUACAAUUCCGGCAAUUUUGCAACUGUUCCUACAAUGUUCGGUGCAAACAAACAAGAAGGCUCAGUGGUGUUAGGACUGUUGUACACCAGUUUCUUAGUUCCCAACAAUCUGACCGAAGACGAGGAGUAUUUGGCAAAUGAUUUGGUCCCACAACUGCUGACUAUACGUUGCGUUAGUAUAUUGAGAAACUGUUUCUUUGGUCGAACUUAUUUUAAUUCAUAUUUAUUCAUGAUGAACGGAACAAAAGACAUUGAUGAUCCUACUGGAGAACUGGCCGCUCAGUUGACGGAGAAAUAUUUGAGUACAGCAGUAAUGGGAAACCAUGUGACGUGA